AUGGCAAGAAGAGCGCAUACCAAAUCACGAACAGGUUGCCGAACGUGCAAAACCCGCCGUAUACGGUGUGACGAGACAUGGCCAUCAUGCAAGCGGUGCACGUCUACAGGACGCCGCUGUGACGGGCCAUCUAAUGCCCCGGCCCGUCCUGUGAGGGUCUCCUUCGCGGAAACAUAUACGCCCGAAUCGCUCGGGAAAAUGAGACCCUUUCAGAGGCUGUCGGAUAUCAGUGGCGAGGAGACGCGGUACGUUCAGUUCUUUAUCUGGAGCAUCUCGCAGGGCGAACCCCGCUUACACAAGGGGUCCUCCGUAUCUGAUUGGCGCCCACUUAUGAUUCGAGCAAUGCACUGCGAACCUGCAGUGCGUCAAUGUGUGGUGGCACUGAGUGCACUGAUCCAGGAGCGUGUGGCCCACAGCUCGCUGGAACUCCAUGGGUUCGGCACCCCGCCGCGAAGCAAGGGGUAUGUUUUUGCGCUGGAGAAGUAUGGGAGGGCGCUUUUGUCACUACAAGGGUUGCUUGAGAAUUCCAGUGAUGUGGCCGCCGUGGAGGCAGCAUUGCUGUGCGGAAUUGUCUGUAUCUGGUUUGAGAUCCUGAUGCGGGAUUUUCUGGCUGGGUUGAGUCAUUUGGAGAGAUGUUUGAGAAUCAUCCUUCGUCCGAGCUCUUCUAAGGAAGGCAACAUUAACCCGGAAAUUCGAAGAGCGUAUAUGAAGAUGGACAUGCAAGCAACGCUAUACAUCGGUAUGCGUGCUCCUGCCGCUUCAAUCAAAAGGCCACCACCAAUCCCCUACGUCUUCGAAACGCUCCACGACGCAGAAACUUCGCUGAUGCAUGAACACGCGCAAAUCCUGCACUUUGGGCGCCGACCAACCAAACGCUACCGCUACCAUGAGCCCGGUCAUAUUCCGCUCGAACUGAUCGCACGCACGCACACGUUUCAGCACCGCCUGGAAGUCUGGAAGUCGACCUUCACGUACUCGUAUUCAUGCCAGAAAGCACUGGGCAGUAGUCCGCGAGUGUCGGCGGCAGCGUCAUUAUUGCUAAUUCAGUAUUACGUCGCGCGUAUAAUGGCGUCGACAUGUCUAUACGCGGAGGAAACGCUCUAUGAUCAGUUUUUAGCCCAGUUUCGACGCAUCAUUGCUUUGGCUAAAGCCUGCACUGAGCAUUUUGAGACUGCGUUCUGUUCUAGGUCUUCGUCUAUCGGUGUCCCCGUCUCCAUGGGUGUUAUUUACCCCCUGUACUUUGUCGCAACCAAAUGCCGAAACUCCCAAGUCCGCCAGGAGGCUAUCGAGGUAUUAUCAACCAUACCCUAUCCAGAUGGCGUCUGGGAAGGCCGUAUUCUUGAAGUGAUAGCGCAGCGGGCUAAAGUUGUCGAAGAAUUCGGACUUAAUGCUGAUCAGCUAGUUCCUGAAUUUAAGAGGAUCCAUGUCCUUGGGCUGGCAGUCCAUCCUGAGUCCCGCAAAGUCUGCGUCGAAUUUCGGAGGAGGCCUAAUGGUAUGGACGGCGAAUGGGAGGAGUGGGAGGAGUGGAUUAGUUAUUAG